AAGAAUCCUGGUGCCCCGAUUGUGACUGUGAGCACAGUAUACAGUGGUAGUCGUAAAACUGUGUGCAUAUUCUGUGACGAGGAGGAAACUUCUGGCAAGAUGGCUAGACAUUUUUAUUCUGUGCACAAGCAUGAGCCACUUCUUGAAGAGGUGAUUAAGAUCAUGGAUGAGAGAAAACAGAAAACAAAAGGAAACAACACUAUGGGCAAGAGAGGGGUAAAAUAUACUGAAGAAGAUAAGAAAUACACUAAAGAUCUUCAAGAUGCAAUGAAGGUAGCCCGAAGCAAGUGUUUACUUCGGUACAAUGAUGAGAUUAGGGUUCAUGGAGGUGCUUUGAUGCCAAGCAGGAGACCUAAAAAAAAAACCUCUGUUAAAGUCUACAACGGCUGUCCAGAUUGUGGCAAGCCUAUUACAAAGAAGUGUUUGAACAGGCAUUGUCGCGAUCAUUGUCCCUUUAAGAACCUUAAGAAGGUGCGCGGUGAAGCCUUUGGACCUAAGAAGAGAAGGAAUGUGUUGGCUGAAUCUGAACUGUUAGAGGUUGUACCUGUUAAAAUGAGCAAACGGUUCAGGAAGGACAUAAUUCAGAAUUUGUCCAAUGGUAUUCUGCUUGGCAUCAUCGCAGGCGACCCUCUCAUCAUUAUGCGAGGUGAGAUGCUUUGGAAGAAGCAUCGCCAUUAUGAACAUAGAGGACAAUAUGUAAGAUGUAAGUUACGUGAGAUGGCCAGAUUCCUCAGGGUUGUACGUGACAGUGAUUCUGGUAUUUCAAGCAUGGAGCAAUUGAUUAACCCACACAAUCUUGAUCUUUUGGUUGAAUGUGCGCAUUCCAUAUGUGGCUUAGACGAUGACGGUUAUUUUGAAAGACCAUCUUUGGGAUUAAAGAUUGGCUACGAGCUGAGAAGGUAUGGGCAGCUUUUGAGGAGAAAAUACCUUACUCGGCCUGGUUGCACAGAGAAAUAUGAUACUCUUCAGAA